UUCUCAAAACACUUCCGCUAAACUUCCUCUGCUUUACUUUCAUUGUUAACAGUUUGUUAACCACGGCCAAAUAUUUUUUCAAAUCCUAGUUAACAGUCGGAUUACAUGUAGUCCGUACAUCUGGAAAUACAUGUCUCUCGUUUAUUAGUCGGAGUGGCCGCUGCGUCAGCUGUGUGUUGAAUGUUUUCUUCACUGUGUUAGCCGCUAGCCGCCUAGCCUGCAGCUGCUGUGUGUCUGGGAAUCUGCACUGAAAGCCAAGAUUAUGUUUCUCGGUGUGCUUUUGUUAUGCUUUUACUUGUUUUAAAUAACCUGUGCAGCAUGGAAUCUGAGGGAAUCGUAAUCCGGAUAAAGACGCCGGUGGGGGACAUGGACUCCAUAGUGGAUUAUCCAUCACAUCUUAACUUUAACGAUUUGCUGGCCGCGAUCAGAGAUGUCAUGCCUGAAACCACAGUCACCGCUUUUGAAUAUGAGGAUGAAGUUGGCGACCGAAUCACAGUUCGGAGUGAUGAGGAGCUCAAAGCCAUGCUGUCAUAUUACUGCAACACAGUUAUGGAGCACCGCAUCAAUGGACUGUUACCUGAGCCUUUACAGAUAUUUCCACGAGCCGGUAAGACCCCAGGGAACCGCAACAUACACGGCCUGAAGGUGAACACGCGUCCCGAAUCCUCGAGUGGCAGGAGCUCCUCUGCAGCUGAUUCCCGGUCCAACGAUAGCAGUUUAAGAAAGUCUUCAGCUGAGCUUAAGAAGAUUUUGACAAAUGGACAGAUAAAUGAACAUGACCUCCAGUACCAGGAGCAGCUCGGCCAUGGAAAUGGUGGAACUGUUUACAAAGCUUAUCAUUUGCUUGGGAAGAGAAUUGUAGCAGUGAAGGUUAUUCCUCUUGACAUCACGGUGGAGUUGCAGAAGCAAAUCAUGUCAGAGCUUGAGAUCCUUUAUAAGUGUGAUUCUCCAUACAUCAUAAAGUUCUACAGUGCUUUCUUUGUGGAGAACAGAAUAUCGAUAUGCACUGAGUUUAUGGAUGGAGGCUCUCUGGAUGUCUAUUGGAGAAUCCCAGAGCAUGUUUUGGGCAGAAUUGCUGUUGCAGUGGUUAAAGGAUUAACAUACCUCUGGAGCCUGAAGAUUUUACACAGAGAUGUGAAACCCUCCAACAUGCUGGUUAACACACGGGGUCAGGUCAAACUGUGUGACUUUGGAGUUAGCACUCAGUUGGUGAACUCCAUUGCUAAAACAUAUGUCGGAACUAAUGCAUACAUGGCGCCAGAGCGGAUAUCUGGGGAACAGUAUGGUAUUCACUCAGAUGUGUGGAGCGUAGGGAUCUCUUUCAUGGAGUUGGUGCUGGGCUCUUUUCCAUAUCCACAGAUUCAAAAGAGCCAGGGCUCCUUAAUGCCUCUUCAGUUAUUGCAGUGCAUUGUUGAUGAGGAUCCUCCCGUGCUUCCAGUUGGCCAGUUCAGUGAGAAAUUUGUCCACUUCAUUACUCAGUGAUGUUUGCUUUCGUACCUGUCGCUGAUGAAAGUCUCGAUGGUCUUGGGGAUAGAGAACUCGACGUCCAGUUUUUCCAAAAAACAAGCUGAAACGUGGACUCAUCUGACCACAGCACACAUUUCCACUGUCUUUUAGACCAUCUGAGAUGAGCUUGGCAGCAUCUCUGCAUUGAACAGAUGUAUAGCUUUCUCCUUUUGUGGAACAGAGAUUCAAGUUGAUUCAGCGU